AUGAUCAGUGUAACGAUUAUCCAGCGUUUAAAAAAAACAACAGCAGAGUCUAUUUCUGUUUGUCUUCUAUGUGUAACCCCUGGUGUAGAAUUUAAAAUCAAACAUUUUGCAUCAAUCAGUUGUUCUGAAAAACAGCAACAGCAGCAGCAAUUUUUACAACUAACUAAAAAUCUUUACUCCAAGAUGUCUAAAGACCAUGAUAAGGAAAAAGACAGCUGUUCAAAUUCAUCACAAGAUCAAAACAACCCUAAACUAGAAACUCUGCCAGACAUGGGGGAAUAUGCAGUUCCUCGAAAGUCAAAGACAAAGUUGGGUCUGGACCGUAAUUUUCUAGCAAACAGAGAUCAGCAUUUAAUGGAACAUGACCUCCAGUCUGUAUCCUAUUCAGUAAUCUCAUUUGAGCAUAUGUCACCUGAGAAUAUUGAUCUGGAAGCAUCAGAGAGCAAAAACACCAAUCCAUUCGACUUAACAGUAGGUGAUGCAUCAGAAGUAAAUGAGGAAGUCAGUGAAAAUCUUACAUCACGUCAUGCAUCUCUGAGCAAUGAAAGUGAAGGUGAUCAACAAAAUAGGGAAGAUGUUCUUACAGAGCUUCAGACCAGUACUCAAGAAAUACGUUCAGAUAUCAGUGAUAGCAUAGUUUUCCCAAAUUCAGAGACUGUAUCCAAUCCCAAAACUUCUACACCCACUUCUAGAGACAUCUUACAUCCUUUUAGCUCUUUUAUAAAAUGCCAUAACGAAUUUCAAUCACGAAGGAGGUCAACCAGUGACAUCGACUCCAUAACAUUCCCACAAGCAUCUGCCAGAAGUUGUCCUACUCAAGAAACCACUCCCAUGGACACGGUCCAGAUUCACAAACUAUAUCCACGUUCUAAGUCAGAAUCAGAUAUCAGCCAGCAACCAGCCUUCCCCUGUGUUACUGAGGUCUCUAGGCCUAUAAUGAUUUGGCAGCGAGAGGAGAGAGAGGAGAUGAAGAGGAAGGCCCAACGUGAGAGAGAACAGGCAGCUCGAGUCACUAAAUUGGGUCUGGACCGUAAUGUACUAGCAAACAGAGAUAAGUAUUCAAUGGAACAUGACCUCCAGUUUGUAUCCUAUUCAGUAAUCCCAUUUGAGCAUACGUCACCUGAGAAUAUAGAUCUGGAAGCAUCAGAGAGCAAAAACACUGAUUCAUUUGACUUAACAGAAAGUGAUGCAUCAGAAAUAAAAGAGGAAGUCAAUGAAAAUCCACUGUAACAUACAUGAAUCGGAAGAUGAACAACAACAUGGGGAAGAUAUUUUCACAGAUCUAAAAUAUUCAAUAGAAAAUGACCACCAACAACUGGAGAGCAAUGAGAGCAACUAGUAUAGAUAUUUUGAAGCAGGAUAAUUUUUUUUUUAAAGAAAGUAACUUUGAGAUUUGACAAUCUGAAUAAUAUUAACGACACUGAUUCACCUUUUAACUAUAUAGAAAAUGUAU